UAGGGAGUCCUUACACUGCGCGUGAGGAGAAUUUGAGCAAACAGUGAAUUGGAAAGGAGAGGUAUACAGCUGGAGCAGAGCGAUAGACUCAUUCAAGACUUGGAUGUCCCGAUCAACAGGAAUGUAAUGAGAGGAGACUACCCAAUCAUCCAAAGGAUUGAUAUCAAUUUGAGAGAGUGGUUACUCUUUGGAGGAUAAACUACCCAGACUCUGAAUAUUGAUAACACUGUUUACAGCUUGAGGAUCUUGAGUUGAGGAUACAAAUUUUGUUCUGUCUGAGUGAUAUUUCUGCCUUAAGCUUGCACAGUGGAUAUGGUCGGUCAUGUGAUGUGGUUUAUCAACAGACCCCUGGAUUGAACAAGCGGUAAUCUUAGUAACAAUCUCUGGAUUCUGCUGUCUGGAAACUUAGUCCCUGCACUGGGAAUAUUUAGCCAGGAGAGUUGCUCAGCACCACCAAGAAAGUUCCUCCAUUCGGAACAUUGUGGAGAAGUUGUGAUGCUGUACAUUUGUUGCACUGAUUUUAAUAUGAAGCAGUGUUGACAUGACUGGUACCAUGAACCGUCGCAGUAUGAAUUUGCACAGUUUCGUGAAGGGAGCCUGUCAACCUGGGACACUCAGAAUAGCCAUUGUUUCGUCGGGUGCCUGCGUUUUGUGGAAGCUGUAAAAUAUUGUUGAAUUUACAUAUCCACAGAGUUUUGUAUGACUGUUUUUGUAUGUUGAGACAAAAUGACUGUAACAGUACAGAAGAUGAACGGUAGAGCUUGGGCGUUGAUAGUGUGGAUGUUGCUACAGUGCCUGUGGAGGGUGACAGCACGGCUGGAUAUGCCCACUUGUCGUUCGGCACUUGGAAUGAACAGCAAGGAGAUCACAGAUGACCAGCUGGAAGCCAGCUCUGUCUAUGAGUAUGACUAUGUGACAUAUGGACCACAGAACGCAAGAUUGAAUCUGGAGCAAGGGGCAGGGGCCUGGUGCCCACUCAGUGCUGCCCCCGAGUCCGAUGGUCGGUAUGAAUACCUCCAGGUCAACUUCCACAAUAUCAGCGUUAUUACGGCAGUGUCCAUCCAGGGCCGCUGGUACUCCGGCUAUGGCCAGGAGUUCACCCCCAAGUUCCGUUUGGAGUACUCGCGGGACAACCAGUGGAAGCGGUACCGGGAUGGCCUUCAACAAGAGAUAUUCGAUGGUAAUAGGGACUCCUUCAACAUAAAUACGGUGCACCUUUUUCCUCCAAUUAUUGCCAAGCAGCUCCGAGUGGUGCCCGUGGUAGACAGAAUCACAUCGGUCUGCCUGAGGAUAGAGCUGUACGGCUGCCUGUGGGCAGACCAUCUUGUACGCUACAACAUGGUUGAGCCUGAUAUUCGGGGAGAGUAUGCCUUUGAUGACGACACCUACGAUGGCUUUGCGAGCGAAGACGGUCGCCUCAUCAACGGCCUGGGGCAGCUGACCGAUGGCAACCUGGGAAGCUCCAACUAUCGUCUCAGCCCUGUCAACCUGCACCAGGGCUAUGAGUGGGUUGGCUGGCGCAACACCACCCACCGCGACCCUGUUAUAGUCUUUAAGUUUGACUCACUGCGCAACUUCACCAGCCUUGAGUUCCACACCAACAACUUCUUCAGUAAGGACGUUGAGCUGUUCAAGUCCGUCGAGGUGUACUUUGGGCUGCAGGAGGGCCACUACUCCACACGGACCAUCAACUGGAAUGUCAAGCAGGACCUGGUGCACGAGGACGCACGUUGGGUAACGGUUAAUCUGCAGAACCGGCUGGCUCGCUUUAUCAAAUGCCGGCUGCGGCACCGCAACAAAUGGAUCCUCAUCAGUGAGGUCUCAUUCGCGUCAAAUCCCGUAGUAAACUAUGUGCAACCUCCCCUGACGCCCUAUCCAGCCUCACCGUCCACCACCCCGCCAGUGGAGCAUGAAACGACCACAGAGAGCAAGCCCUCUGGCCCCCCAGACAUCAGCAGAAUACCCAUCGGCAACACCAGCAACACCAGCGAUAACAAUGACUUAAAUGCUAAACCCACUAGAAACGUCCCCGGAAAACCCUUAUCCAACAACAGCACCAUCAUCGCUGUGGUGGUUGUCCUGCUUCUCCUUGUGGUCAUCGUCUGCACAAUCUUCCUCUGUCUCUACCGACGCAAGUACAUCAACCUGAAGCACAGCGUGCCAGCCGUCUUCUAUGACAAGAAUGGAACCAAUGGGUGCAUGGUCAACAAUUCUAUGCCAAGCCGGCGCAUGAACCCGACCUACCAGAUACCACACCCAAAUGACGAGCCGCAGUAUCAUGUCAUUGACAACAUGCAGGAGAGCGAGGACGAAUGCACAGGUAUUUAUGCCGAGCCAGAGAAUAUGAACCCCACCCCCAAGAAAGGGGGCAGCCAGAGUGAUCUCUUGACCCACUACGCCGAGACUGACUUGAUGGUGACCAUCCAGGGUGUGUCCGGCAACACCUUAUAUGGCGUGCCCAGCCAGGCCAUGGAGAAACUCAACAACAACCGGUCACCGGUGCCAGAGUUUCCAAGGGAAAAACUCAAGUUUUUGGAGCUGCUGGGCGAAGGCAUGUUUGGAGAGGUGCAUCUGUGCGAGGCUGAAGACAUCCAUGAUUACAUCCGCAAUGGCUUCCCCUUCCAGAACAAGAACAAAGGCGAGAAGACCCUAGUGGCAGUCAAGAUGCUCAGGAAAGACGCCAACAAGAACGCAAGGACUGAUUUCAUGAAGGAGAUGAAGAUCAUGUCGCAGCUGAGGGAUCCUAAUAUCGUCCGUCUCCUAGCAGCCUGCACUGAGGACGAACCACUCUGCAUGGUGGUGGAGUAUAUGGAAUGCGGGGACCUGAAUCAGUAUCUCUAUGAGUCGGAGGCUCAGUGGAACGUGGCCCCGACGGGUGCCACCAACGUCAGGGUCGUCACACUUGGUGCGCUGAUCUACAUGGCCACCCAGAUUGCAUCAGGCAUGAAGUUCCUGGCCUCCCUCAACUUUGUCCACCGCGACCUGGCCACGCGCAACUGUCUGAUGGGCCGUGGCUUCACGAUACGCAUUGCCGACUUUGGCAUGAGCCGCAACCUGUACUCGGGCAACUACUACCGAAUUGAGGGCCGGGCCGUGCUGCCCAUUCGCUGGAUGGCAUGGGAGAGCAUACUCAUGGGCAAGUUCACCACCAAGACAGACGUGUGGGCAUUUGGCGUGACACUGUGGGAGAUCAUGACACUGUGCAAGGAGCAGCCUUACUAUGAGCUGAAAGAUGAGCAAGUUAUCGAGAACAGCGGCCAGUUCUUUGAGAAGAAUGGCAAACCCACGCUACUGGCCCAGCCCCCGCAUUGCCCCAAGGAUAUUUAUGACAUCAUGCUGCGUUGCUGGCGAAAGGAACCAGCCGACAGACCAUCCUUCAAGUAUCUCUUCACCACGCUACAAGCCAAGAACCUGGGCUACGAGCCACCAGUACCCGUCUAAGACUGGUACCCAACCAAGAGAGACCGAUAGUGAUGUUAGUGCUAAUAAAAGCAACUGGUACCCAUCUUUUUCAUUGCAUUGGAGUGGUGAUAUAACACACUGGUACCCAUCCAAGAGAGGCAUUCAUUGCAUGUGUGUUGUGAAAUUGUAGGUGGUGGUUUUCCCUGUUAACUGUAUCCCUGAUACCACAUGCGGGAAUCACUUUUCAAAAAUGUGAAUGUUUUUUUAAAAAUGUGAUCGGUGAUUUUUUUUAUGUUUUGAAUAUCAGAUUAAAGCUGAGAGGUGUUUUUUUUUUCAAAUACUUAAAAAAUCAUGAAAACAGCAUGGGUUGCUGAGAAAAUGCCAAUUGUGUACUAGAAGUGAAUUUUCAUCCUUUCCAGUGAUGCUUCAAAAAGUGAAACGCGUUACUGUAAGCCCACAAAUGUCUUUCAUUUGUGCAAUUUCUUUCAUAUUUGACACAGUUAUGAUGCUGAAAAGGUUUAAAAAAGGACUAGAAAGGAUAAGAGACCUGUUCAGGUGGAGUGCUGUGGCCUCGUGGUUAAGGGCACUGAUUCGUGGUCUGCGGGUAAAGCUGCAGGUUGUGGGUUCGAGUCCUGGCGGGGUCAUGGUGCAUGCACCCUUGGGCAAGGCGCUUUGUCA